AUGGCGCGCGUGGCGCGCGAUGCGCGGUCGAUCGGUCGCGCGGAUUGGCGCUCGCGAGGGACGCGCGCGGCGUCGCGCGCGACGUCGGAACGCGACCGGGGACGUGACGCGGAUGAUGGCGUCGGUGUGGUGACGAGCGCGCGGGUGGUGCAUCGAUUGCGAGCGGGGGUGGAGUAUGAGAUCAGUAACGGGUGCGAGAACGCCAAGGGACGGGCGUUUGAUGAUUUUCAGAGUUUUCUCACGGCUUCGCUGCGAGAGUUGGAGACGUCGCACGCGUCGCCGAUGUUGGCGCACAUGGUGCGGGAUUCGAUGAUGUACGGGAAGUUAGACACCGAUCGCCGACGGAUGUUGUUGAACAACGUGUCGGCCGCGCUCCCGGGGGUGGUGCAGAGCGCUGCGUCGACGAUUGAGAACGCGUCGGCGCCGAGAGGAUGGGCGCCGCCUCGCGCGGCGGCGGAGAACGCGGCGUCGACGUCGUCGUCCUCGUCAGUGCUCGCGGGCGUCGGUGGACGAACGAAGAGCGCGACGGACAUGAAGUCGACGACGGAGGCGAUGACGACGACGCAGCGCACGGAAACGGCGUCCGCAGGGACGGCGCCGUCGAACGCGAAACCGACGCACGUCGAAGUCUCGCGAAACUCCUCCGAGUUCCCAUCGAUCAUCGUGUUCGACUUGGAAACCACCGGGUUGAGCAAGGAAAAGAGUCGAAUAAUCGAACUCGCCGCGCAGUCGCUCACCGACCCGUCCGCCGCUUUUAGCACGCUGGUGAACCCCGGUCGGUUUAACAUUCCACCCGCUAUCAAGGCGCUCACGGGCAUCACGAAUAGUAUGGUGAGCGCCCCCGAUGUGCCUUCGUUCGCCAUGGCGGCGGAACAAUUCGAGAUGUUUAUUGAGCAAGUUCGACAGUCGCGACCGGGCGCGCCGGUGUUGCUCGUCGCGCACAACGCACGUCAAUUCGACGCGGCGUUCAUUCAGUACGAGUAUCGUCGACUCGGCCGGGAGUUGCCGUCGAGUUGGCGAUUCUGCGACACACUACCACUCGCUAGACAGUUGCUUCGUCCUGAUGGUCUCGGAAAGUUUUCAAUGGACGUCUUACGUGGACACUACGAUAUCGAGUUAGAGGGUGGGGAUGUUCAAAUGCACCGGGCGGGUACGGACGCGCGCGUUUUGGCGGAUAUUCUCAACAAAAUGCUCGAACAUCCCAGGGCGAAGGGUAAUGAGUUGCGCUGUCUAGAGCAAUUUUCAUUCUCUCUCGGAGAUCCCGGCGCUGGGAGCUUGAAGCGCGCAACAGCGGAGGCGAAAUCCGAUAGCGAGCGAUCUUGGUCGCCCGGCGGCGCGCCGGGAUGGGGUGGUGGCGGCACGGUGAGCUUGAGCGACGGCGAAGAGGCCGACUUGGGUGGAGGUUGGGCCGUCGUCGACGAAUUCGAAAAUGAAGAAAAACUCGAGAGCUCCGAACGAGAAUCGUCUCCGAACGACAACGUCUCGCUUCGCGGCGUCCAGAAACCCUUCUGGGCGGCUGAGGAUCCAAUCAACGGCAUUCUACCAGAAACAGUUGACUUUCAAAAGCUCGUCGAGAUCACAGCGAAGACGGAUGUCUCCGAGCUUAGGCUCGAUGUAGAGCGAUGGAAAGAAACUCCGAUAGAUGUGUUGAAGGAUAAAGUUCCCAAGUCGACGAUGAAGGCGUUGAAGGCGGAAGGCGUGAGCACCAUUGAAGCAGUGCUUCGCAACUGCCCGCGGAAAUACCAAGAGUUCAGCGCGUGGAACAAAUCGCUGGCGAUGGGGACGCAAGUCACGCUCACGGGUACGGUUCGUUCGAUGCAAGUUCGUGAUUACAUGCGCGGGCGCUCGAUUCCGAACACCAUCUUAGUCGAGGUGGACUUACCCGAGUCGGAGAUCACCACGUCGGAUGAUAAUCCAUGGGGAGACAACAAGCCUCGGUGCAAGGUCAAGGUCUGGGAUCAUAUCUCCAAAGACAUGCGCGCGGGAAUGCCGAUCGGAGCGCGCGUGAGCGUGCGUGGGACUUUAGGGACGGGAGAUAGGAACUGUCAGUUUAGCAUCGAUGGAGGGCGAGUGGCUCCGAUUGCCGAAGAUGCGCCGAUAUUAGAAUCGGACGGCGCGGAGAUUGUGGCGACUUACGCCAAGCGUGGACAGAUGAGUAACGUAGAGUGGCAUCGAGCGAUUAGCGCAUCAAUGGAUAUAUUCGUCGAAAAGCUACCCGCCGACCCGGUCGAGGUAUCUAUGGGUCGAGACAACCCGUUGCUUUCGGAGCUCGGCUUGCUUUCGCAUUCGGAAGCGGUGAAAAACAUUCACAGACCGAAGAACGUUGAGAUCGUCGCGCAAGCGCGUGAGCGUUUGGCGUUCGAAGAGCUGCUGUUAUUACAGGUCGCGCUUUUGCAGGAACGCAGUCGCUUGCAAGCGUUGCCUGUUUCAGAGACCACAGAGGGUGUGUGCAUCGUCGGCACGGCAUUGGUUGACGAGUUGCGAACCGAGCUGCCAUUCGCGCUCACGCGUUCUCAGGAGUCUUCGCUCGAAGAGAUCUUGAGUGAUAUGGCGGGGCCGGCACCGAUGCUCCGCUUACUCCAAGGUGACGUCGGGUGCGGUAAGACGGUCGUCGCCGCCAUGUCGCUGCUCGCUGCGGUUGGAGCCGGGCAUCAAGGCGCUUUCAUGGCCCCGACGGAAGUUCUCGCGACGCAGCACCAUCGUGUGCUCACCGAGUUGUUGUCGCAGAUGCGAGACCCACCUAAGGUGGUAUUGCUCACGGGAUCUACCAAAACUGCCGAGCGAGCGCAGAUACUCGAGGAUUUGAGCUCUGGGAAGAUAGGAAUCAUCGUGGGCACGCACGCACUGAUUCACGAGAAGGUCGUCUUCAAUUCUUUGGGGAUCGCCGUCGUGGACGAGCAGCAUCGUUUCGGCGUUGAACAGCGAGCAGCGCUACUUUCAAAGGGUAAGGUACCGCCGCACAUGCUCACCAUGAGCGCGACUCCGAUUCCCCGAACGUUGGCGAUGACAAAGUUUGGUGAGAUGGCCCUCAGUGUCAUUGAUGAAAAGCCUGCAGGUCGUUUGCCCAUCAUCACGAAAGUCUGCGCCGUGGACGAACACGAUAUCGCUUACGAAGCGAUGCGUGACGAAGUUCGUCAAGGCGCUCAGGCUUACAUCAUCGUGCGUCUGGUGCAAGAAUCUGGUUCCUCUCGUAUGUCCGAGGUGAAGGGCGCGGAGGAAGAGUAUGCGCGUUUGGUGAGCAAGUAUCCAAACGUGCGCUUCGGCCUACUGCACGGCCAGCUAGGCGCGGAGGAAAAGGCCGCAGCGCUCGAAAAGUUCAGUGCGGGCGAAACCCAAGCUCUCGUCGCCACGUCGGUCGUCGAGGUUGGCGUCGACGUUCCGAACGCGAGCAUCAUCAUUAUUGAGGACGCCGACGGUUUCGGUCUCGCCGCGCUUCACCAACUUCGCGGUCGCGUUGGUCGCGGCUCGAGGCAAUCUAAGUGCUUCCUCUUACACACCCCAGGCGUCGGCGAAAACGCCGAGUCCAAGGAAGAUAGAGCUCGAGAUCGUUUACGAGUUCUCGAGCAAUCGAACAACGGUUUCCGCAUCGCCGAGAGCGACUUGCAGCUUCGCGGUGCCGGCGAGCUCUUCGGUACCAAACAAAGCGGCCAGCAGGUGAAUCUGUUCCACGCCUCGAUGUCCACGGAUCUAUACCUCCUCGAGGCUGCGCGCAAGGCUGCCGCCGAGAUGAUUUCUCGCGCGUCCUUGUCGAGCGAGCCGCUUCCGGCUCCGAUCGCGGUAGCCCUCGAGACCAGACCCGCGCUCGUGCUCGACAACGCCGUCGUCUCCGGCGGUCAAGUCGUGGCGUCGAAUUAA